UUGACGCCGAGGGUUCGACUUUAGUGGUCGGCUUCGCUAAUUUCAGAAGAAACGUGCUGAUCUUCUUGUUUGUGAAUGAAACAUGGAGGUUCCGAACUACCCUCUAUAUUGCUAUUGGGGUGGAGAAAUUGUCCACAAAGAUAGCGAUAUAACGUAUAGGGGUGGGAAUCAAAAAUUUGAGUUUGUACAUUCUGCGAUGACAUAUUCACAAGUUCUGAACAAGCUAUAUGAAGAAUUGAGUGUUGAUCCUAGAGGUGUGGAGUUGAAGGUGGUUAUGCGUUAUCCUAUGGCUGGGGCAUAUGUUGCAAUUCCGUUAAAUGACGACAACGCUGUUAGAGCUAUGUGGAUUGCUGUGACUCAGAGUUCUUCUGUUGCAAUGCAAUUGUUCAUUGAACAAGUUCCAAAGGAGCCAGUUGUGCAAACUAACACUGGUUCCUUUCCGGGGAUGGAUUUUUUUGGUAGUGUGGAUCAACCGUUUUCCACUGGUGUUCAAAGUGUGGGCAUAGGGUCAUUCACAAGAAUGCUUGUUGAUCCACAUUAUGUCAAUGACCAUCUCUCACAGUUUAGGUCUCCGGCCUCAUCGCCUAAUGUUGGAACCUCGACAAGCACACAACCACAAGGCAUUCUUGAUUCUCUUGACCCAAACAAUGUUGAUGUAUUUGGCGAUGCAGAGAUGAAUGACACUGAUGAGAUGAUGAUGAAGAGGUAAUUGAAGCUCGUGAUAAGGCAAUUAAAGGAAGCGCCCCCACUUCAGACUUCAAUGAAGUGGCGCAAGUUGAUCCUCGUUUGAAUAACUCAUGGAUGUCUUUGUUAGGAAAUGAGACAU